AUGGGUUCGUGCGCAAAGCUUGCCAGGAGGGCUCUGGAGACCGAAAUGCCUGUCAUGGUUCAGAUACAGGAAUUGGUCCGAGGUGCGAAAAAUGCAGUUUCAUUAGCUCAGGGGGUGGUCUAUUGGCAGCCACCAAAGCAGGCAAUGGAGAAGGUAAAAGAGCUUAUAUGGGAGCCUUCCAUUAGCCGUUAUGGUGCUGAUGAGGGCAUUCCCGAACUUAGAGAAGCACUCCUACAAAAGUUGCAAAGUGAAAACAAGCUGAGGAAAUCGUCAGUCAUGGUUACUGCGGGUGCAAACCAGGCAUUUGUUAAUCUUGUGCUUGCCCUGUGUGAUGCUGGGGACUCGGCAGUUAUGUUCGCCCCCUAUUAUUUCAAUGCAUACAUGUCUUUCCAGAUGACGGGUGUUACUAAUAUAUUAGUAGGUCCAGGAGACCCAAAGACGCUUUAUCCUGAUGCAGAUUGGUUGGAGAAGACACUAGCGACUACCAAGCCAGUUCCAAAAGUCGUUACUGUAGUUAAUCCUGGAAAUCCAUCUGGGACCUAUAUUCCAGAGCCCCUCCUUAAGAGGAUUUCAGAGCUUUGCAGAGCAGCUGGAUCCUGGCUUAUUGUUGAUAACACAUAUGAGUAUUUUAUGUACGAUGGUCUAAAGCACACUUGUAUAGAAGGAGAUCAUAUUGUCAAUAUCUUUUCCUUCUCGAAAGCCUAUGGAAUGAUGGGCUGGCGCGUUGGAUAUAUAGCCUACCCUUCAGAAGUCGAAGGUUUUGCUACUUCUCUCCUCAAAAUCCAAGACAACAUACCGAUCUGUGCUUCGAUAAUCUCGCAGUAUCUUGCCCUCUACUCUCUGGAAAUGGGUCCCACGUGGGUGACGGAGCGAGUCAAAGAUCUGGUCAAGAACAGGGAAAUCCUCAUGGAAGCACUGUCUCCACUAGGUAAAGAUGCUGUGAAAGGUGGCGAGGGCGCAAUAUACCUGUGGGCCAAACUGCCGGAGAAGUAUAUUGACGACGGAAAAGUUGUACACUGGCUCGCUCACAGGCAUGGCGUGGUUGUAAUACCGGGUGGUGCAUGCGGGUGUCCAGGCCAUGUGAGGAUCUCGUUCGGAGGUUUGGUCGAGGUUGAUUGCAAGGAUGCGGCUAAGAGGCUGAGACUCGGGUUAGAAGAAUUGGUAAACAUUGGAAUGGUGGAGUGA